UUGUAAGAAAAGUGAUGCGUUUACGAACGGCACAACCGUUACGAUCCUUCGUUCCCGGCACAAGAAGCGAGUAGGCUGUGAAACUGACAAAAGCGCGGCGCCAUAUUGCGUGCUAGUGUUUGGUUAGCGUUUCUGGCGCGUGGUGAAGAAGUUUGUUGUAAUUUAAUUGAUAACGAUGUCCGACAAUCAGGAACAGAAACCCGAAGCCGGCCCAGGCGACGCAAAUUCAGAAUACAUCAAGCUCAAAGUCGUCGGAAACGACAGCAAUGAAAUACACUUUAGGGUAAAGAUGACCACUCAAAUGGGGAAGUUGAAGAAAUCUUACAGCGAUCGCGUGGGUGUACCGAUGACAUCACUUAGGUUUCUUUUCGAUGGCAAGAGAAUCAAUGAUGACGAAACACCAAAGCAGUUGGAAAUGGAGAAUGAUGAUGUCAUUGAAGUGUAUCAAGAACAAACAGGCGGUCAUUAACUGAAUUAGUUUGAGAAGAGAAGGAUUAACAUUUCGUUCUAUAAUAUUUCUUAAAGUGAAAGUGAUUCUUAUAACAAAGAAAGAUGGACAAAUUAAUAUGUAUAAACACAACACAAACAACACAACACACACAAACACACACACAUACACACAAACACACAAACACACACAUGCACACAUCCAUCAUGCAUAUAUGAUUAAACAAAAUGUAAUUGUCUUUAUUUUAUAUACGAUAUUGUAAAAUGUACUAUUUUACAUUUUCAUACGAAGGCGAAAGUUGUUUCUAACAAACAUCGCCAAACAGUGAAUCUGAAUUAUUUUAUAAAACUUAGGCGUACACAGUCGUGUCUUGUGCAUUGAUUUCAUUUUCGUAUGUUGUGAGAGCAACUUAUCGGAAAAUAGAAUAAUCGAAUUAUCCAUUAUUAUAAAUACACUUGACAUUCGUAAAUUUUUUAUCCAUUUAACCCCAUCCUCGGAAGUCGCGUGUCUUGGCUCGUUCUUUACGUCUUCUAAGAAAACGGAUAUAAAAAAAAGAUAAUACGAUCCAUACACACGCAUUAACGUGCACUCACAAUUACACAGACACACAUCACGUAUAAUUAAACAAAAUGUAAUUUUUUUUUAUUUGACGUAUGAUAUUGUAAAAUGUGGUAUUUUACAUUCCUGUACCAGGCCGAGUUGUUACUGAAAAACGCCAAACAGCAAAUUCCUGAGUCAUUUUAUAAAACAUUUAGGCGCGCGAGCAGCAUAUCUCAAUUAUAUAUUGUGCAUUGUGUUUCCGUUUUCGUGUCAUCAGGGCAAUAUAUAUAUUGUCGGAAAUAGAAUAACUGAAUUAUCCACUAAUUCUAAAUGCGUUUGACAUUCGUGAAUUCCUUGAUCAUUCAAACUCGCCCACGGAAAUUGCAUGUCUUGGUUCCCUUUUUUUUUUUACUCCCCCUUAAGAAGCAUAUACAAAAAAAAA